UGCUGCUUCUCUCCAUUCAUUCCGAUUUCACCCUCAUCUUUCUCUCUCUCUCUCCCUCUGCAUCUGCAUCUUUCAGAUUUUCCAUUUCCCCGCAUUCAAAGUUCACAAAUUUCGCUUUCUUUCUACUCACCGGAUUUCUUAUUUCAGGGUUAUGAUGGAUUCAUUGGUGCAUUGAGGAAACAGAGGUUUAAAUGGGCAGCACUACUCCAUUAACAGCCUCUCCGGGUUCAGUAUCAGUACGCAACUGGAACGGCGAUUCUCCUCGUGUGAAGAUCUUAUGCAGCUUUAACGGCAGCAUAUUGCCACGUCCACAAGACGGGAAACUUAGAUAUGUAGGCGGUGAGUCACGGAUAUUGAGUGUUCCGAGAGAUAUCAGGUUUGACGAACUGAUGGUGAGGAUGAAAGAGUUGUAUGACGGUGCGAGUGUUUUGAAGUACAAGCAGCCGGAUGAGGAUCUUGAUGCGCUUGUUUCGGUUGUGAAUGAUGAUGAUGUGACUAAUAUGAUGGAAGAGUAUGACAAAUUGGGUCCGGGUGAUGGGUUUGCUAGGUUACGAGUGUUUUUGUUCUCGAAUUUGGAAAUGGAUGACCCGUUACAUUUUCUUGAUGGUGAUGGUAGGGAUCAUGAAAGACGAUAUGUAGAUGCUUUAAACAGUCUUAACGAGUUUCAAAUGGGUCAAAUGAGUCCUGUAGAUGAUGUUCAAUUAACCGAACAGUACUUUAAUCAGAGGAAUUUUGAGACACCGAUGGGUCAAAUAUCACCGGUCAACUUGCAUCACCUAACGAUCCCUCAUUUGGGUCCAUUGCCGCACCAAAUGGAGCCUCCGCAGAGCCCGGUUUACUACUCUCCGAGACAUCCCGGUAGCGAGUUUCCAUCCCCACCUUCGUGUUCAUGUUACCACGGUCCUUAUGGUGGUGAAUCGGCAGAUAGAAUAUAUGUUAAUCAUCUUUCACCGGUUGACCACCAGUCACGAUCACCGGAAAGUGUUCCUUGGUUACAGCCAUUAUCCGGUGAAAAAUCCGGAUUUCCUAAUAACAUGCUUCAUGGUACCAACAUGUUUGAUGGAAACAACGUUUGUGACCUUUGUCCCCCGUCAUUUCCCCAUCCGUAUUACCUUAAAGAGUCGAAUAUUGCUAUGGGUCCCACCGCAUAUCCAGAGACCCAUCACAUACCAUUAUCGUAUGCCCAUCAUGAUGACCGUUCGCCUUAUAUCCGUCAUCGGCAUGAGUUUGGGAACUACGGAAACUUUCCAUAUGCGUAUGGACCCGAUAAUCUUUACCAUGCGAAUUCAAAUUCUUUAUGGAGAGAUAUUCAAAGUCCGGUAAUCGGGUCUCCAUCUAACGAGACGUCUAUUUCACCUCAACAAGAAAACGGUAUCUUCAAGAGUCCAUUGGUUGAAUCCCCUCCCACAUUAGCAGCUUAUAACGGGGUCGAUAUUCCCGAUUGUUUUCCUGUACGCCCAUUAAAGCUGAUUCCAAAUUCCUACACUCUAGAGGAUCACCACAUGGCGUUUGAACUCGUUCAGUCUACUGCUAACUUGAUAAACUGUCCAAAUCCUAACGAUUCUGCACUUGGGUUUGACCGGUCACCGCCUUUGGUUGACCACAAAGCUCAUGCAACCGAAUCAUUGAUCAAGACCGAGGGAAGCAGGUUGAAUACAGAAGUGAAUGUUCUUCAUUCUCCUGAAAAAGGCGAGAUUAAAACCGAGAGGUUGAUUUAUAUACCUGAAAUUGUUGAAUCGGUUAAGAAAGUGGCCUUAGAACAUGACGAGGAAAGAAAAGGUGGAACUAAAGAAAAUGUUCAUUCUCCCGCUGAUAAAGCCGCUGCGGUCACCGAGGAAACCACCCAUGAGCUGGAUGUUGUGGAUGCACCGGAGGACUUGGAGUUGGAUUCUGAUACCGGAACUGAAAGCAAUUACAAGAUUGAACAAACAAAAGCCGAGGAGGAAGCUGUUGCUAAGGGACUGCAGACCAUAAAGAAUGACGAUUUGGAGGAAAUACGCCAGCUAGGAUCUGGUACAUAUGGAGCUGUUUAUCAUGGAAAAUGGAAGGGUUCGGAUGUUGCAAUUAAAAGAAUCAAAGCCAGUUGUUUCUCCGGGAAGCCUACGGAAAGGGAACGUAUGAUUGCAUAUUUCUGGAAGGAGGCUUUGAUGUUAAGUUCAUUGCACCACCCGAAUGUUGUAUCGUUUUAUGGUAUAGUACGUGACGGUCCAGAUGGCUCGUUGGCAACUGUAACGGAGUACAUGAUUAACGGAUCUUUAAAACAGUUCUUAAAGAAAAAAGACAGGACUAUAGAUCGGCGUAAAAGACUUAUAAUAGCCAUGGAUUCUGCUUUUGGAAUGGAAUAUUUGCAUGGAAGGAAUGUUGUUCACUUCGACUUAAAAUGUGAAAAUCUGCUGGUUAAUAUGAGAGAUCCACACAGACCAAUUUGCAAGAUAGGAGAUCUUGGCUUAUCAAAGGUGAAACAACACACGAUGGUAUCUGGUGGCGUUUGUGGAACCUUGCCUUGGAUGGCACCCGAGCUUCUUAGCGGAAAAAGUCACAUGGUAACUGAAAAGAUUGAUGUUUAUUCGUUUGGGGUGGUCAUGUGGGAGCUGCUAACUGGAGACGAACCUUAUAUAAAUAUGGAUUGCGCUAACGUAAUUGGAGGAAUUGUGAACAACACAUUGCGUCCUACAAUACCAACUUGGUGUGAUCCUGAAUGGAAAUCAUUAAUGCAAAGUUGUUGGUCUGCUGAUCCUCAAGAAAGACCAUCUUUUUUGGAAAUUUCUAGGAAACUAAGAACCAUGGCUGCAGCAAUCAAUGUCAAAUGAUAUGCAUCAUGCUUUAAGUUUUAUAUUCUUAAUUUCAUGUUAUGCUUUAUUUCUUGCGGGCCGAGUCAAGAAAUUUGAUUGAAGAAGAAACGGGUCAAGAAAUUUGACUCGAGAGGAAACGGGUUGAAAGUCGCUCAAAGUGUAGUUUUAUUUUAUAUAAACUACCACCUAAUCCUUUCUUCUAAAAAUUUACUAUUAUGAUGGUAUAGUUUUUGUAAACCUUAAACGUAUUAAAAGUUAAAUCACGCAUUUUUAUU